CACGCUGCAGAGAAGAAACCCCGCGAGGAGGAGCUAUCUAGGAAAUGAAAGUGAAACCAGCUGCUAGCCGGGGCGUUUGUCCCCACGGGAGGCGGCAGAUUUCCUCAAUCACCGCGCGGCGCUAGCCGGCCAUGGAAGGGGAGGCGCAGUACCCCUUCCCCGUGCGGGUGGAGGCGGACUGGGGGGGCCCGGGGCUCCCCAAGAGCCUGCGGAAGAAACUCCUGUGCUACUUCCAGAGCGCGAAGCGAUCCGGAGGGGGCGAGUGCGAGAUCCAGGAGCGGCCCGGCCAGGUCCUGGCUUGCUUCGCCCAGCAGGAAGCGAGGCAGCGAGUUCUUAACAAAAAGAACCAUGAGCUUGACUGCGCAGCAAAAGGAAAAUUAAAGCUGGUUGUCUCACAGCUUGAAACAACAGGUGCAACCCAAAAAGAUGUGCCUGGGGAAGUACCGGCUCCUAAGGAGGAGUCUGCGACACCAAGCAAACUCCAAGAACCAGUCUGCUCUGAUGAUGGGAAUUCUACAUGUGCAGAGCAGGAAAACAGGACGGGGAAUUUGGGGAAAGAGAUGCCAUCCUCUGAGCAAUCCACUGUAGCAAUCGUCACUGCACCAGGGGAGGAAAUUGAUGAUGAACUUGUAAGCAUGUACUUUGAAAAUAAAAUGCGGUCAGGUGGAGGACCCAUCAAAUCCUGUGUCAGAAAUAAUCAGCAAAUAAUCAUCACCUUUGAAAAUGCUGAAGAUGCACAAGAAGUCUUGAAAAAGAAGGAUCACUCAGUAAAGAAAAUUGCACUCCAGGUGAAACCAUGGCAAGUGGAGAAUAUCCAAGAACUCCCACAAAUGGCUUCAUCUCUGGUUGUUCUUGAAAAUAUACAAGAAACUACAAAACAAUAUAUGUUAACUAUGUUGGUGGAGAACAUCAGUGGCUUGUCAGAAGAAGACAACGACUUCAAUGUGGAAAUGAUACCUGAAAUAAAUGCUGCUGUAGUUAAAUUUAUCAAAGAUAUGGAUAUAGGGGAAUUUAUUGGAAAGUUCAACCAAAACCGUAGAGCAAAGCAACAAAAUAUUAUGGCACGGCAUCUUGAGGUGACAAACAGCAUUAAGGCUGAAAAUGUACCACCUAACACACUUAGUGACUAUAUAACUAUCUACUUUGAAAGUCCAAGAAAUGGUGGUGCACAAGUGUCAGAAGUUCAGCUGUUCGCAGAAGAAAAUUCCGCUAUUAUUACUUUCCUUUAUCAGAAAGAUGUAAAUAUUGUCUUGGAAAAGCAGCAUUCAUUCCACAAAGUGCCAAUUUCUGUGUAUCCAUACUACAGUUCUUUGGGUACAGCUUUAUAUGGAAAGGAAAGGCCACAAAUAAAGAUGCCAGAACCAAUUACAGUGUCCCUGGAUCCUUAUAUCUGGCAGUUUUUACAGACAGAUAAUCGGCUAAUCCAGGAAAUAAAUCAUGAAAUGGCAGAUUGCAAAUGUGAACUAACAUGGCCUCUAUCCAACUGUGCAAAACCAGAAGUAAGAUUGUGUCCCUCCAAUGCCUUAUCUAAACAAAGAUCAAUGAUCAGGUUGAUCAAGACAUGGAAUGAAGAUGUUUCUAAAAAGUUCUCAUGGUGCAUAUCGAAGUACAAGGCCAUUAAAUGUGAAAUAAUUUCAAUGGUGUGGGAAGCCAUAAGAAACAGCUUGGUAAAGGAUGGUGUUUUGAUUAUACCUGACAUUCCCAAGAACAUGAUUGUCUUAGUAGGUGACUCAGCAAUUUUGAAAGAUGCAGAGCAAGAAGUGAAGGAGCUAAUAGAAAAUGCCAGGGAAAAGAUUGAAAGAGAAAAGCAGAGCAUAGAACAAACUAUGUCACUUGACCUAGGAAAGUAUGCAAUUUUACACAGUACUGGGUUAGAGGAGAAUGUUCACAAGGAGUACCCCUCUUUGAAGAUAUCUUAUGAUGCAGCAUCAAAAAGUAUCAGUCUAUGUGGAUUGGCUGCCGAAGUAUUUAAAGUCAAAAGUGAAAUACUAGAAAAAGUGCACAGCAUGGCGCACAAAUCAAUCCAUGUCCAUCCUUACGUUUUCCAGUUCCUACAACAAGUAGAUAAUAAAACUUUGUCACAGAACUUAUUUAUUUCAAAUCGAAUUAAUGCCUUUUAUGAGCUUGUCACUGAUAGCAUAAUGCUGAUAGCAGGUUCUCCUGGAGUUCUUCUAGAAGCAGAAGAAGAAUUGAAGAAGGAUUUGAUUUACAAAUGCAUUGACCUGGAGGACAAUUCAAUCCUCAAAAAGAGAGAAUGGAAGGAGCUAAAGGACCAUUUUUAUAAGGCACAUAAUUGUUCCAAGGAAACAAUAAUAAUUAAUGAGUUGGAGGAUCAAAUAGUCAUUGCUGGUCAUUUCAGAGCAGUAGAAGCAGCAUAUCAGCAACUUUCUGAUUUUGUGGAUAAACACACUGAGGUACAAAAAGUUGUCAUGACGAAGUCUGUGGCAGUUGUAAUGUUUGUGGAGAAGGAAAAGUCCAACGUGUGGCUUGAAAUAAAAAAGAAAGGUGUGAGAAUUGAAUUUGGCACACAAAAUACACAUAAAGGUAUUUCCCUGAAAGGACCGAGAGUGGAGGUGUUUCAGGCAGUCACCAAAAUUGAACAAAUUCUGUCGUCAUUAUAUACAGAAAAUAUGGUAAUUGAUAAACCGGGGGCCAAAGUGUGUUUCAAAGAACAAGAACUCUUGUAUGUUACGGGGGUGAAACAAAAAUUUAACUGUCUGAUCAGGCUGCAAGCUGAAGGAGAAGAACAAAAAGAUGAUGAAGUUAGUAAUGUGUAUAAGAAACAAGGCCAGUCCUACUGUGAAAUGACCCUGCAAGAUGGGGUUGUAGUAGCAGUUUAUAAAGGGGACUUGUGCAGUCAUCCAACUGACGUGGUGGUGAAUGCAGCAAAUGAGGACUUGAAGCAUAUCGGUGGCCUUGCUGAGGCACUUUCACAAGCUGCAGGGCCAGAACUACAAACAGAAUGUGACCGUAUUGUGCAGAAGCGAGGCCCUUUGCAGCCCGGCCGUGCUCUUAUUACAGAUGCUGGGAAGCUCCCAUGUAAACAGGUGAUUCAUGCUGUUGGGCCCAGGUGGAGGGAUCAUGAAGUAGAAAAGUGCGUGUACUUGUUAAAAAGAGCAGUAAAGGAAAGCCUACGCCUGGCUGAAACGUACAAUCAUCAUUCCAUAGCCAUCCCUGCUCUAAGCUCUGGGAUUUUCGAGUUCCCGUUACAACUGUGUGCGCAGUCAAUUGCACUGUCUAUCAAGGAAACCUUGGAAGAGUCUCCAGGGGAAAGCUGCCUGAAGAAGAUCCAUCUUGUGGACUCUUCAGAGAAAACAGUUCAGGCUCUCACUGAUGCCUUGAAAGAAGUGUUUAGAGAGAAAUCACCCCAACACAGUUCAUCAACGCAGUCUAAAGCAGCCUUUAAGCCCAGAAAAAGCAGAAAUGCUCACAGCCCAAAGGAUCUCAAGAUGGUGGUAACAGAUGAAGGAUUAAGCAUCAUAGUAGAGAAAGGAGGCAUUGAAGAUGCUACAACGGACAUCAUCGUAAACAGUGUUGCCCAAGAUCUACAGCUUGAUAAAGGUCCACUCUCUAGAGCCUUGCUGAGCAAGGCAGGCCCAAAGCUCCAAGCACAACUGUCUGAAGAAGGCCUAAAACAAGUAGCGAGUGAAGGGUCUGUGUUCAAAACAGAUGGAUGCAACCUGGGCUGCCGUUUUGUGCUUCAUGCCAUUGUUCCUGGAUGGAAAAAUGGGCAAGAAUCUGGACAGAAGCUCCUAAGAGACAUCAUCAUGGAAUGUCUUCAGAUUGCUGAGCAACUGUCUUUAAAUACCAUCACAUUCCCAGCAAUUGGAACUGGGAAUUUAGGGUUUCCUAAGUCCAUUGUUGCCAAAUUAAUGUUUGACCAGGUGUUCAAAUUCAGUAGUAGAAAAAAUUUGAAGUCUCUUCAGGAAGUUCACUUUGUGUUGCAUCCAGAUGAUACAGAUAAUAUUCAGGCAUUUUCAGCUGAACUGCAAAGUAGAGCAAAUGGAAAUAUUACCAAUGUUAAAGUGCACAAGACUCUGCCAGAAAGUGUCCAGCAAGGACAAGCUUUCUUUGGGCCCAUUACAACCCCCAGACAGGAUGUGCAUGAAAUGCAGAUUGGUUCCAUUAUAUUCCAAAUAGCAAGUGGAGACAUUACCAAGGAAAAAGUAGACGUCAUUGUAAACAUUUCAAAUAAAUUGUUUAACCUCAAAGCAGGUGUCUCCAAGGCAAUUCUAGAAAGUGCUGGACCACAGGUUGAAGCAGAAUGUGCUGAGCUAGCCUUGCAACCUCACAAUGACUUGAUAACUACGCAACCAGGAAAUCUGGCAUGCAAAAAAAUCAUCCAUCUUGUUGCCCAGAAUGAUACCAAGUCUUUGGUCUCCAAAGUGCUCGAGGAGUGUGAACUGAAGAACUACACAUCUGUUGCUUUCCCAGCAAUUGGAACAGGUCAAGCAGGUUUUGACCCAGGAGUAGUUGCUAAUAACAUGAUGGAUGCGGUAGUUGAAUUUGCAAGUGAUAAAUCCGUUCAAUCUGUGAAAACCAUUAAAAUUAUCAUCUUCCAGCCACAACUGAUGAGUGUGUUCCUUGCAAGUAUGCAGAAAAGAGAGGGUACUACUAAUAUACCUGAAGCAUCUACAUCAGAGUCCUUGUUUUCAAAAGUUGUUUCAUUCUUUGGCUUUGGAAAACGUACUACAGAAAAAAAGCAAGCAGUGGUUUUGCAGAAGAAAUUUGAGCUAACCAUUUUUCAGAUUUGUGGUGAAAGCCAAAAAAACGUGAAAGAUGCUGUAUCCUGGAUUAAAAACUUGAUUUUAAAGGAACAACAUGAAAACACUAUCUCAGAUGAAUGGAUUUCAAGUUUUGAUGAACAGGAAUAUAAGCAACUGGCAGAACUCCAAAAGAAAUUGCUUAUAGUCAUUCAGCUGGAAUGCAAGGAGCCUGUGCCUUUCAUUCGAAUUUCUGGUGUUACCAAAGAUGUCUUACGUGCUAGCUUGGAAAUUCAAGACAUGAUCAGAAGAGUUAGAGAGGUUCAAGAAGAACAGUCCAAGGCAGAACUUCUCAGCAACCUAGUGGAGUGGCAGUAUUUCAAAGAUAACCAGUACCUGCCUUUUGACAAAAUAACCAAUCUACGCUUAGAAGAUGCUGCAGCCGUAAGCCAAAGAGAGAUUGACAUCACCUUUAAGAGAAAACACUAUAAAGUGAAUAUGGUAGCCAAACGUGCUAUAGAUGACCAAGGGAAAGGGAUGGCCAUUCAACGAGUCUCAAAAGAUGAAGGAAAUGUGUCAGUAGCUCUCCCUGCAGAUUGGUGUGAUAUGAACAAAGAACGUGUCAAAGUGGUGAUGCUACAUCCAGAAAUGAAAGAAUAUCAGGAUGUUCAUACACAGUUUCAACAGACAUGUGCAAAUUUCAAAAUUGAAAAGAUUGAAAGGAUACAAAAUCCAUACUACUGGCGGGCCUACCAAAUAAAAAAGCAGGAGAUGGAUUCCAAAAAUGGCCACACCAACAAUGAGAAGCUUCUGUUUCAUGGAACGACGAGUACCUCAUUAACCGUUAUUAAUAACAAGGGAUUUAAUCGCAGUUACGCCGGAAUGAAUGCUGCAUGUUAUGGGAAUGGAACUUACUUUGCUGUCAAUGCCGAUUAUUCUGCCCGAGAUACCUACUCUCAACCAGAUGGAAAUGGGAAAAAAUAUAUGUACCUGGCCCGAGUCCUAGUUGGAGAAUAUUGUGUUGGAAAAACAGGACUAAUUACACCACCAUCAAAAAACAACACUGAUCCUACGGAUCAAUUUGAUAGUGUAACUGACAAGAUAAACAAUCCAUCAAUGUUUGUCAUAUUUAAUGACAUUCAGGCUUACCCAGAAUAUCUUAUUACUUUCACUAAAUAAGCAUUCUUGGUUACACAGAAAGGAUUUUUUAAUCUUUAUGUUUAAGGUAUUCAUAAUAAUAAGUUAAAGAGAGAAACAUUGCAAUGAAGGAUAGUAAAACAUAAUAAAAUGUUAGGUUUUUUUUAAAGUUUGAUAUGCCCAGUAAGUUAAAUAUAAUUUUGUAAUAGUCAAAACAAGAGAGCCUGCUUUUAAAAAUAUUUGCAACUACUAGAACAGUAAUAACAAUUUACGCUGCUUUAAGUUUUGAGUGCAGUUUUCCAUCAAACUGCUCAAUUGCAUUGUAUAUCAACUAAAUGAAAAAAUUCUUGUAUGGUAUACAAACACAAUUUAAUUAUUAGCCUUUCUUAUGCAGAAUUAUGACUGUGCACAAUUUAUAAUUCUGGAAGCCAGGCAUUCAGUUCUUGAGGUUUUAUAUUUUACAUCCAGAGUCUAACAUUGUAAAUCAAAGUACAAAUAAACCUGGAAUACUGGCAUUUAAUAAGAGAAUGUCCUAAGCCUUAUGAUGCUAAUAUAUUGAACACUUGUACUACGGAACAAUUUUACUCUGUAUCUUCAUUCGAGCUGUCAUCACGUCCUUUUAAUAAGUGCUUGCAGUAAAACUAAGUUAGUUGCAAUAAAUGGAUAUUGCAUGUUGUAUGAUACCUCUAAGAAAAUGUUAGCAGUAUUUUGUAUUUGUUAUAAAUCUGUUACUGCUACCAUCAUUCAGCAACAAAAUAUGGAAUGUGAAGAUGUUAGGUUUUGGAUUUGUAAAACAACUUUACUCAGAGGAUUUUUCCACUUGUAUAGACAAGUGGUUUUCAGCCCUGUGAUCCAUAUGGCCCUGGCUGACUGUAGCCUGUGUCUUUGGAAGUCUUAGACAUCUUGCUCCCCUUGGCUGCAAAGGGUGAACUGGAGUCAGGAGGCUCUGUGGCCACAGUGCUGGUAAGUGGCGACUCAGAUGUGUUUAUUUAACAGAUUUCUCCAAGUAAUUUUGCAGACCACUUUGAGAAACAUUGAUUUAUAGGGAAAAAAACAACAAAUGGUCUCGUAGCACUUUAUAGA